AUGAUGUCAUCCACAAUGGACACUCAAUACAAUUCGUCGUCGGUUGUCGAUUUGAUGUCAAUGCUUAUAAACUCGUCACAGUCCAUCCCAACACCCCCAGACACCCAUACAGAUGGAUCCAUCUCACCUGACUCCACUGCUUCAGAUUGCUCAGAAAAUGGAAGAGAACCAGCGGCAAAGCGACGCCGAAAGCCAGAAACUAAAGACAUCGUUCGUGUCUCGUCGGAAAACGGAGGUGCUAGUGCUGCUCUCCCAACGUGCUCAUCAUCUAUUCCAUCAUCAUCCGAAUCUGUGCAUUCUGACACCGAAACGCCGAACAAGGAGAAUCAAGAGGAGGAGGGAACGAUGACGUGUGACACGACGACAACAUCUUCAGAAGUGAUUGGAAAGACAAAUGAGCAGACCGCCGCAUCGGCAGAUGUCAUCACCUCAUUGGGAUCAACGAAUGGCCUCGAUGGAGUUCCGACGUUUCUUCUCUCGCAAUUUAUGAUGCCCGCUUUUCAAAAGCAGCUUGAAAUCUUCACAUCUGGAAGUCAGAUGGGAUCACAACACUCGGAAACAUCACCAUCUGAUGUCGACUCGUUGACAUCUUCGGAUGGUGUCGUCGCUCAGACGUCAAAGAGCCCACUUGACACAAUGAUUUCAUCGGAUUCCACGAUUCCAAAGUCUCCAAUUUCGGCGUCGAGUCCACCGCAUUCAGGGUCUGAAUCAGAAUCUCGUGUGAUGUCACCAAUCAAUCAGUCCAACCUCACCGAUGAGCUCUCCAUCUCAACCACGCCCACCAUCGCCUUCACACCAAACGGCUCCAUUCCAUCACCUGGCACCGGUUACUCGUGGAGCAUUCGACGUGAAGGCAAACUGGCUUGUCCCACUCCAGGAUGCGAUGGAUCUGGACACCAAACCGGCCUCUACACACAUCAUCGAAGUUUGUCCGGAUGUCCGCGUCGACCUGACAAGACUGUGAUUCAGAUGCUCGCUCUCCGCCAAGACACCGUCCUUCGAUGCACAACUGCUGGCUGCUCUGGCAAGGGACAUGUCAACGGAAACCGAACUUCGCACAGAAGUUUGUCCGGAUGUCCCAUCGCUCAUCAGGAGAAGUUGGCAAGAAAAGGACUGAAAUCGACGCCAACACGCACGAGAACUCCACCGAAAGGAAUCGGAAUGAGCGAUGAGUGUCCGUUGGAUUUGACGUUGACUGGACUUCCAGCUGGAAUGUCAGCUCAACAAUUGAUAGCUGCUGCUCAAGCGGGAUUCAUGCCAACUGGACCAAUGAUGGAUGCAAUCCUUCAACAACUCGCGCAGACUCAACCACUUGCCACGUUAGAAGAGGAAUCGAAGAAAGAGAAUGAGAUGGAAGUUGACGUUGAGACAACAACAGAUGAGAUUCCAGUUCUUGUCAAAGAGGAGGUCAAACCAGAAUCCCCUGUUCCAGUUAUCACUGCUCCAGCUCCACAAAUCCCACAAAUCCUCCCAACGACCCCAACAAAAGUGGCUGCACCACCAUCGGAACCUAAGACAUCUCCCACCUCGAUGCUCCUCCAAAUGCCCGGAUUCUCUGAGGCGUUGAUGAAGAUGCAAGCGCCACCCGCCCCAUUCCCACAGUACUCGCCGGCAAUGUUCGGGAAUCAGAAUGCGAUUCUGGCGCAGUUGAUGUUGGCACAAUUCCAAGUGCAGCAGGGAUUCUAG